CAGAGUAGACAAUACUCGACGCACAGUGUACCCCGCGCGAAGACUGUUAGAAAUCCCGGAACCUCCGGAACGUAUCAAUAGCACGUUGUGCCAAUAGAUUCUUCUCGUCCUAGAGGGCGAGGAAGGCGAGGCGCAGGAGUCCGUGGCUGCCGCGGUCGGCAUGUCGGUGUACGUGGGGGUGCAGGCCCAGGCCGUGACGGGCAUGGCCGAGAAGCAGUACAUGGAGGAGGACAGCUCCGAGCGCCAGGCCGCGGAGGUCGGCGACGGGAGCUGCGCUGAGGGCAGCGACGGUGGCGCCCAGUCUGAUGCCUUCCCAUCGGUGGAGCCUUUCCCGACGCUGUGGUUGGCAGCUGGCGUGGUCCAGGAGCACCAGGAGGUCGUCGAUGUAACCGAGGUCGUGAUGCUGGAAGCCGAGGCCGAUGGCAGGGCCGAGGCCAUCGAGGCGAGCCUCCGCGUGGAUGCCUACCAUGCCGAGGCCGACGACACGGCGGCGCGCACGCACGAGGCCCAGGGCGCCGAAGCUGUGACGAAGUGGAAUGCCGAGGUUUUCGAUGUUGACGGCGAGGAAGACAGCGUGUAGCUGCGGGUCGUGCGGUCAAGGUGGGCCGACUCCAUCGACGACGUCGUGUUCCUGGCGGUGGAGGCCGCCGACGUGCCGAAUGUUGCGGAGGCGGACGAGGACGACAAGUGGGAAGCUGUUUGCGCGGCCAACCAUGGGGCGCACACGGGGGCGGCUGAGGCGCAGGCGUGCCGUUUGGCCCAGUGGCGGCUCGAGCACGACAGGCUGGGCGACGAGAGCACGCCGCCUGCGCCCGAGUUGGGGUUCGACGAGCCCGAGGGCGUGAGCGAGCGCCGAUUGGAAGACGACGCGGGCGAGGCGCAGAGGGCCUGAGAACGAGGCGCGCCCCGAGGGGAGGCUGCAGCAGCAGGUCGAGGCCCUGGGCGCCUCGCGCCCGAACAUCGAAAUUUGCGUGACGGGGCUGACGGUGUUCGGCGAUGCUCGAACCUUCCGUGCGGCACGACUUUCACGUUGCAGUCUGUAUUGUUAUCGAGAUAGUUAAUAAUCUGUGCGUUGUCGCAUGGUUCUGGCAUCCCCGAGGGGGUGCGCCAGCGCGUUGGGGCUGCGGCGCGGCUUGGAGGGCGCGUGAUGAAACCCACCCACGCCUCGGAGUGAGCAGCA